AUGAAUCUUCCUCUUCCCAAAUCUAUUUUUAUAAAGAUCUUUUCGAUUUCUAGUAUUGAAAGUUUAUAUAAUUGUCUCCUAGCAAAUAAAACCUUAUGUGAGAUUGUUACACCGAUUCUUUGGGAGACUCCAUUUGAAUAUCUGUAUGAUAAACAGUCUCAGUUUGUUGAUUGGAGAAAAGUAUCUGCGCUUACUCAAGUCUACAUCUCUUGUUUACCUAAUGAAACAAAAUCCGCUUUAGAGAAAUCAGGGAUCAAUAAAAAAUUAUCAAGAAUUCCUCCAACUUUUAACUACGCGUCAUUCUUAAAAAGUCUUGAUUACAGACUAAUCUUUGAUAGCGUUGUAGUUUGGUUAAAUAAUUCUGAUAAAACUGUUCAACGUUCAACUAAAAGUUAUUAUUUAAUUGUAAAUGAAUUAUUUAAAUUAUUUUUUAAUCAUAUUAAAUACCUUAAAUCAUUUAUAUGUAAAUUUCGUCCAAAUUUGAUAAAUUAUAAAUUAUCCCCUAAUUAUAUAAAUUUAACAAAUCUUCCUGGUGCUCAAAAACAUUUUUCUUCUUUAAAUCAUUUUGUUAUAAAGGACAAUGUUUCAACUGAAUGGUUUAAUAAUAUUGUUCAAAAAGCUCGAAAAAUUAAAGAAAUUGAGAUUGAAUUAUCCGAUUGUGAAGAAGAUGAUGAAAUGAUUGCAGGAUUAAUAAUUAAUCAACCUAAUUUAUCAAAGAUAUCAAUUUCUUCCAGUCAACAACUUCCUUGGAUUUCCGAUGCUUUAAAAUGUAUAGUAAAAUCCUUACAUACAAUUCAUAUCUCUCAUAUGAUUUCGAUAAAUCUCAAAGGGUUAUGUGAAUGUUCAAAUCUUGUUGAUUUAAAAUUAUCAUCCGAUGAAUUUAUUUCAAAAGCAACAUUUGAAUUCUUUGUUUGCUCGCAAUUUUCUCAACUUAGAAAAUUACAUCUUGAUUUCAACAAUCUAUACUUGGAUCAAAUAUCAACAUUAAUUAGAAAUACUCAUUUAUUACAAGAUAUUUAUUUAAAAUUCAAUUUAAUUCAAGGGUCAAAACAUUCUGCAGACUUUAUUAAUGCUAUUGCUGAUAAUUGUCCAAAUCUUAUCAUUCUUCAAGCAUUAAUUCCAGAUGAUGAAAUCUCACGACUUCCAAAUCUUUUUACAUCUUGUAAAAAACUUGAAAUUAUAGUAUGCCUUGAUGGAAAUUGUAAUGAUAGAUAUACGGAUUUGAUCGAUAUUGGUGAAACAUUAUCAGAAAUGGGAAAAGUUAUACAACCUAAUUUACGUAAAUUUGUUACGAGAUCUUGUUGGACAUUUUCAUCUGAUUCAUUAAAUUCAUUCCUCGAAAAUUAUGAAGAGAAACGAUGUCAUAAAUAUAAACAAUUGGAAUUAUUAAUAAAAACUAAUGAUGAUGAUGAUCGAAUACCAAUUAUUGAAAAAUUUGGAAAGAAAGGUGUUCUAAAUAUUAAAAAUUGGAAAAAGAAGAUCAAAAAAUAUUAUACUGGUUAUAGUACUUCGAGCAUGUUAGUUAGUUUAAUAAGUUUAUUUUAUUUUAUUUAA